AUAUAACCAUCUUCUCCUCCUCUUCAAGCCGUCUUCCCCUCUCCCUUCUCAAGAUUGAAGUUUCAAAAAAUGGCAUUUGUCAAGGCUCAGAAAACGAAGGCUUACUUUAAGCGGUUUCAGGUUCCUUUCAAGAGAAGGAGAGAGGGAAAGACUGACUAUCGGGCUAGGAUUCGCCUAAUCAAUCAAGACAAGAACAAGUACAACACUCCUAAGUAUCGUUUUGUUGUCCGAUUUAGCAACAAAGAUAUCACUGCUCAAAUAGUUUCUGUUAAUAUUUCUGGUGACAUGGUUCUUGCUUCUGCUUACUCACACGAGCUUCCACGUUAUGGUCUUGAAGUGGGUCUUACAAACUAUGCUGCAGCUUAUUGCACUGGGUUGCUUUUGGGGCGCCUUGUCCUUAAGAUGCUUGAAAUGGAUGAUGAAUAUCAGGGCAAUGGGGAGGCUACUGGAGAGGAUUACUCAGUUGAGCCAACUGACACCAGGAAGCCUUUCCGUGCUCUCCUUGAUGUAGGGCUGAUCAGGACAACCACUGGCAAUAAUGUUUUUGGUGCUCUGAAGGGAGCAUUGGAUGCUGGUUUGGAUAUUCCUCACAGUGACAAGAGGUUUGCUGGGUUCUCCAAGGACAACAAGCAACUUGAUGCCGAGGUUCACCGCAAAUACAUAUAUGGUGGCCAUGUUGCUGCAUAUAUGAGGAUUUUAAUGGAAGAUGAGCCAGAGAAAUAUCAGUCUCACUUUAGUGAGUAUAUCAAGAGGGGGAUUGAUGCAGAUAACAUUGAGACCCUGUACAAUAAAGUUCAUGUCGCAAUCCGUGCCGACCCAAGUGCUAAGAAAUCUCAAAAGGAGCCUCCUAUGCAGCACAAAAGGUUUAACUUGAAGAAGCUAACAUACGAGGAAAGGAAAGCUAAGUUGAUCGAUCGUUUGCAUGCCCUUAAUGCAGCAGCCGGUGUUGAUUCAGAGGAAGAGGAUUGAAGCCUGAAAGCACCACAGCCAUUGCUGGUUCAUAUACUAGCAAUUUUAUCCAGAACCUGUAUUGUAUCUCUACUUUUAUCUCUAGUUAAUUUUUUUGUUCAAGACGGGUUUUUUUUUUACAGUUUUUGAGUAAUAGAAUUACAAGAAUUUUUGGGGA